UGUAUGAAUAGUGCCAUGACUGACUUGUCAUGAAGUGCUGUAGUCAUGGACUGUUUACCUAAGGUGAUAUCAGCUUGACAAAUAUCUUGUUCUACAAUAUUAGAAGUAUUUAUAUAUUGUGUUAAAUAUUACAAUUAUAAAAAUAUUUAAAUGUCACUGUGUUCCGCCACAGCAUAUAGGCCAGCUGUACAUAUCAAAUACAGGUUUAGGUGGUUUGAAAGAUGUCGACUGUGUUUGAUCAUAAGUAAGUUGUCCUCUCAUCUUUAGACUAUGAAACAACAUGAGACAUGGCUAGGUUUUCAGAUAGUAUCUUGCAAGAAUGUUGGACACGUGCCUGUGGAGUCUGGAUCGCGUGAUUGAUGGCAGCUCUGGCAGUUUUCCGUCACGUCUGCAGUGGCCCUCUGCUCUGGGGCUGGGGACCCGUUCUGUUCGGCCUGCUGGGGUCUGUAUUUGUUCUGCUGCUGCCUUUAGCAGGAAUAGAGGAGCAAUGCUGUGCCACGCUGAAGGGUCUUGCUCUUCUGCGCUGUCAGCUGUGGGGGGGUGUCCAGCGGCCUGUGGUGCACACCACCAGCCUGACCGUCCCUUUCACUGCACUAGACCUCCUGCCACAGAAAGUCAAGCCCAGUAAAGAGACUCAGCUGGAGGCAAAGGCGGCUCUCCAGCAGGCUUUGGAGAUGAAGAAAAAUGGCAAGAGGGAGAAAGCUCAUAAGCUGCUCGUCCACGCGCUCAACAUGAACCCGGAGUUUGUGGAGGCGCUCACUGAAUUAGGAACCAUACUGGAGGAGGAAAAAGAUGUCGUCCAAGCAGACCACCUGUACACCAAGGCCCUCGCCAUCUCACCCUGCAACGAGAAGGCUCUGGUGAGCAGGGAUCGCACGCUCCCACUAGUAGAGGAAAUAGAUCAGCGCCACUUUGGAAUCAUCGAUGGAAAGGUACGACGUCUCAUGUCCAUACCCAAAGGCAACUCUGCUCUGCGCCGAGUCAUGGAGGAGACCUACUACCAUCAUAUUUACCACACCGUAGCUAUCGAAGGCAACACGCUCACUCUGUCUGAGAUUCGCCACAUUAUUGAGACCAGAUACGCCGUUCCAGGAAAGAGUCUUCAAGAACAGAACGAGGCAAUUGGCGUCGACGUGGCCAUGAAGUACAUCAACACCACCCUGCUGUCCCGCGCCGGAGCGAUCACUGUAAAUGACAUCCUAGAGAUACACCGACGGGUCCUAGGCUACGCCGAUCCCGUCGAAGCCGGCCGAUUCCGUGCCAGCCAGGUGUUCGUGGGCCAUCACAUCCCACCGCAUCCACAGGACUUGGACAAGCACAUGCAGGAGCUGGUGCAGUGGGUGAACUCUGAGGAAGCGCUGCAUCUCCACCCGGUGGAGUUCGCAGCUCUUGCGCACUAUAAACUGGUUUACGUUCAUCCGUUCGUGGACGGGAACGGACGGACAUCACGCCUGCUCAUGAAUUUAAUCCUAAUGCAAGCUAGUUAUCCGCCGAUCACCAUUCGGAAAGAGCAGAGGGCGGAGUAUUACACCGCCCUGGAUACUGCCAACGAGGGCGACGUAAGGCCCUUUAUUCGCUUUAUCGCGAAAUGCACAGAAAUUACACUUGAUACGCUAUUGAUAGCCACAAGUGAGCACGCAGUGGGGCUGCCCGGGGCUAGUCAUCACGCCUGUCCUGACUGUAAACACACCAUUCCUGUGCAUAGCUGAUAGAUGUACACUGGGAAGUGGAAAAAGAUUGCAUGUGGUGUAAAUUGAAGUGCCAUAUCAGCCUCUGUACCAACCUUUUACUGCUAGCAUGGGACGUACAUGGAUAAACUGUUGAUCCAUUUUAAGUGUGCAUUUACUGUGUAGCUUUAUUCGUUACAAAUCCUUUGUUGACUGUUCGAAGUGUCCACAUUUUAGUCUCUACUUUGUUGGUUUUAAAUUUGAAAUCAAAGAAAAGCUCUUUUUUUCCACUGAACGAACAGUAUAAAGUCAGAUCUUCUGCAACUACAUCCUUCUGCUUGUGAGUUAAUGAUAAUGUUGCAUAAAUGAACUCUGCUGCUUGUUGGGAACAAUAUUCAUACUCGUACUUUUGUGGUGUUUAUUUCUAUACUUGGACUCUUUCUAGUCUCAAAAUGCAAGCUCGAGUUAAUCUCUAAUGAAGUUUGCUUGGAAAAAGAACAGGUCUGUGAAAUGUGAAAGAUUGCAGUCCUUUAGUGAUGAUUUUCAGAUGCUUUACUAGCUGAAGUGCAUUUUAUGAACAGCUUGUUACACACAUUUCUCACUUACAAGCUGGCAGGUUACAGCAAAAAAAAAUUCAAAAAUUAAUGUCUGCAAAACCCAUUUUGAGUAAUAGUUAACCUGUAACAUAGAAUAUAGUCCAUGUCUUUUUUCCAUGUGAAAAUGAUCGUUCAAUGAUUCUGAUGUAUGACGCAAGGAAUAUAAUUGCCUACAGCUGUUCAAAAUGUUAUUUAGUAAGAAGUAUCAUUGAUUAUAGGAGUAUUGCUGAAAAGUUGUAUUAAUAAUGAUGUUAGAAACUUUUUUUACUUUUUUUGACUGAUGUCUUGAUUUUGAGUUUGCCACUAUUUUCAAGCACUUUAAUCUAUUUAAACAGCUUUAAUUUAUUUUACUACUCAUAAAAGCUAUUUUAUUAUUGGGUGUAAUAAAUUGUGCAACUUCUCAUUUC